AUGCCAUCAAUGUGGUCGCUCAUCGCCACACUGUUGACCUACUUGCAGUUCGCAGGGGCCCAGAUCGACUACUCUCAACAUGUGAAUCCAUUCUGGGGCACCGUGGGACCAAUUCCCAACUACACUUUCGGCGGCGGAGCAGUCUUCGUUGGGGCCGCAGUGCCCUUUGGCGUCGUCAAACUCACAAUGGACACGUUCGUCAAGAACACCAGCAUCGCCGCCCUGCAGGGGGGCUACACCCCAAACGGCCUGAUCACCGGGUUCUCCAUGAUGCACGAGUCAGGCACCGGAGGAUGCUCCAAAUACGGCGUCAUCUCCCAGAUGCCGCUCACGAGCAUCGAGGCCCCCGUGAAUCUUCUGGACAACCGGACGUAUUGGCAAGAGCGCGUCGGCGAGGACGAGGCGAGUGUUGGGUACUUCAAGACGAAGCUUGAAAGUGGUGUCACGAUUGAGCUGAGCGCAACCCACCACGCGGGAUUUUACCAGUACGACUUCCCGGCCGAAGAGAAGAAACACGUGCUGGUGGAUGUAUCGCACUACCUGCCGAACGUCGUGGGUGGGUAUUGCACGCAAACGUACCGAGAAGGCGAGAUCAGCACCUCGGAGGACAAGAAGAGCUAUCGAGGCCACGGCACCUACGCUGGUGGCUUCAAUGAAGGGGCGCCAUACACGGUCUACUUUUGCGGAGAGUUUGAAAGCGCACCCGACGAGACGGAGACUUUCUCCGGUCGCAACCAGUUCCCUGGCUUCAACUCGAUGAACCCGGAGCCCCUGCCGUGGCCUUCUUUUGCCUCUGAGAACAUGACCACCCCGCAGGGCAGUCGUGUCGGUGCCGUGUUCACCUGGGCUGGCAACACGACUACUGUGCGGUCCAAGGUGGGCAUUUCAUUCAUAUCCGAAGAGAAGGCGUGCAGGUUCAAGGAUGAGGAAAUCACGUCGUGGGAUAUACGAGCAACAGUCGACGCAGCAGUCGAGCAAUGGAACCGCGACGUGUUCAGCAAGAUACGAGUAGACACGGGCGCGGAUGCCAACAAGGAUCACUUGGCCAUGCUGUACUCUUCGCUGUACUUUAUGCAUCUCAUCCCCUCCGAUCGGACGGGCGAGAACCCGCUAUGGGAGAGCGAAGAGCCGUACUGGGAUGAUUUCUACACUUUGUGGGACACGUUCCGCAACACCGUCAGUCUUUCCCAUCUGAUCCAGCCCGAGGCACACGAGUCCCAGAUCCGGUCGCUGAUAGAUGUCUGGAGACAUCAAGGCUACAUGCCAGACGGCCGUUCUGGCAACGACAAUGGCAUGGUCCAGGGCGGAAGCAACUCGGACAACGUGCUCGCUGAUGCCUACGUAAAGGGCCUGAGAGGCGCGAUCAACUGGUCCGAGGGCUAUGCGGCAAUGGUGAAGAACGCCGAGGUGCCGACAAACGGGAGCAACAAGGAAGGUCGAGGCGCAGGCGCGGACUGGCUGCAGUACGGCUACGUUAGCCAGGCGAUGCCGCGGAGCAUUAGCAGAACCGUCGAGUACUCGCUCAACGACUUCGCAUUGAGCCAGGUUGCCCGAGGCGAGAAGCCCGAGGACGCUGACAAGUAUCUGAGGCGAUCUGCUGGCUGGCAGUUGCUCUGGGACGCCACCACUCCCAGCGUCAACACGACCCCGGCAUUCACUGGUUUCCUAACGCCACGCGAUCGAAACGGGACUUUUAACCAGACAGCCUACAACCCCGCGACCUGCGGCGCGUGUUCCUGGCCGUCCCUCACAUACGAGGGCACCCCGUUUGAGUAUUCCUUUACGAUCCCGCACGACAUGCAGUCCCUGAUCGAGGCCAUGGGCGGUCGGGACAGGUUCGAGGAACGCCUCGACUACAUCUUCGUCCCUUACACGAGCCAAGCCGACCUCGGCCCCAACGGCGCGGGCAUCAACACAAUCAUGAACAUUGGGAAUGAACCCGACUUCGCAACGCCCUACCUGUACAACUACCUCAACAAGCAAUGGAAGAGCGUGAAGCAAUCGCGCGCCCAGAGCAGACAGUACUUCCGCAACACGCCCACUGGGAUGCCGGGCAACUCGGACGCAGGCGCGCUCAACUCCUGGCUCAUAUGGCAGAUGCUGGGUCUCUACCCCAUCGCAACAACACCCGUGUACCUCCUGUCCAGCCCGUGGUUCAGCGAGAUAAACAUGACGAUCAACGGCAAUGCGACGCUGCGGAUCACCGCGCAGGGGCUGGGCGAGGACAGCUACUUUGUCCAGGGCGUGAGGGUUAAUGGACGGCCGUGGGGGAGGAAUUGGGUCGAGCACGGGCAUGUUAUGAAGGAGGGGGGGGAGAUUGAGUUUGUGCUUGGGAGUGAGCCGGUGGUUUGGGAGACGGGGGGGGUGCCGCCUAGUCCGGGGCAUGUGGUGUUGUGA